CAUAUUAAAGAACACAGGACAUGUCGUGAUAUCAGAUGAUGACAUCACUAUAUUAAAGAAGUUUCCUAAACAUAAAAUAAAAACAGGAAAUUGUUUGUUUGAAAUGUGUUUGUUUUGUUAAAUGUUGAUCGUAUUUACGACGUUUAGCGGAGGUUCCUGAACGCAGCAUUGACGGUGCGUUAAUUUACCGUUAGACAAUAAUUAACGGUUGAAACGGUUUUUGUACGAGGAUCCGGACCAGGACCAGGACCAGGACCAGGACCAGGACCAGGACCGAGUCGAGAACUAGAAACAGAAACUGAACAAGUAUCAGGACUAGAAAUAGGAUCAGACCUACAGACCUAGGACCAGGAGCAGAGAUAGAACCAGAACCAGGUCCAGAGAUCAGGACUAGACCCAGACCCAGACCCAGACCCAGAUGGAGGGUCAGGAGGACGGGCGGCUGGACCCCAUCCGGUCCUUCAGCCUCUCCAGCUUCAGGCUGGGCCCCGAGGUCUGGACUGAGUUCACAUCAGACGAAGACAACGUGGUGACCCUGAACAACUUCUGCAGCAGCCAGGACUUCAGCCACCUCUUCCUCUACUGGGACCGGGACCAGGACCAGGACCCGGGCCAGAACUCCAGAAUCUGCGUGACCCUGGACUUCCCCCCAGGAGUCGCCUCCAAAGUCCUGAGUGUGUCCAAGAGGAGUCGUGAAGCCGUGACCAAAGAAAACGCCAGAAACAUUUUAUCCAUCCAGGAGGUUGAUGGAGGAGACGCCCUGAGCUGCAGCAUCGCCCUCAGCGAGGUGACAUGUGCGUUGCUCAGUGACCCGGAGACGAGCAGCCGCUGGGCUCCAGGUGUAGCUGAGGAGGCCGUGAGGUUCAUGAAGAGGCAGAGGAACGAGGCUCAGGUGAUGAAGGCUCAGGUGGACGGACUCACCUUCCUACCUCAACCUGACUCCGUCAGCCCGGAGGGUCUCAACGAUGACGGGGGACAACAUCUGGUCCACACCUGUGACGGAGUCAUCGUGGAGUGGGCGGAGCUAGUGUCAGAGUUCCUGCAGCAGGACUGGUCCAGACCGGUUCUGGAGGGACUGAAGCCGACGCCCUCUGAGGAGUUUAACUUCUGGUGGAUCCGCCUCAGGAACCUGGACUUCAUCCAGCAGCAGCUGAUGAGUCCGAGUGCUCAGCUGGUGGCGUCCAUCGUCCAGACUGGAGACAGCGUCUACUGGUCCACUCUGAGGGACAUCUACAGGGACGUCCAGGAAGCUCUGCAGGAGGCUGAGGAUGUGACCAGGAACCUGCGUCCAGUCCAGGACAAGCUGAAGGACAUCCAGCACAUGGAGUUCCACCAGCUGAGGGACAACAUGGCCGCCGUGAUGGAGGAGGUGCGUCUGCUCUGGGUCCGGUCUCAGUUCUACUGCAGCCCCUGUAGGAUGGUGGUUCUUCUCCAGGAGAUCUGCAACCUCUUCAUACAAAUGAGCAGGGGGUUCCUGCGAGGACAGGAAGUGAUGCGUGGUCUGGUGUCAGAACCCCGUCUUGUUCUGGAUCAGAUCAGACUGGUGAUACGGACUCUGCAGACUCUGAAAGAGGUCUACGCUCAGAACCAGACUCUGUUGGAUCAGAGCGUCAAGCAGCAGGACUCUGGCAGUCCUGGCUGGGACUUCCCUUCACACCUGGUCUUCUUGCACCUGGACCACUUCCUCAGACGCCUCCACACCAUCCAGGAGGUGUUCAGGAUCACCCUCCAGUUGGAGCAGCUGGACCAGGCGGUUCUGUCCGGAGUCGGUGGGGGGAUGUGGACUGACCUGGUCCAGGAGGUGUACCAGGACUUCCUGGUCCAUGUGAGGCUCCUGUCUGAGUGCAGCUCUGACCCCACAGACCCAGAGGACCAGAGCUUCCAGCUGCACCUGGACCAGUUCCAGUCUCAGGUGUCCCACAUGGAGACUCAGCUGGUGUCAGUCCUCAGCCGGGCCCUGGAGGACUGCAGCAGACCCUGGUCUGGAGCCAAGCUGGUGAAGAUGUUCAGAUUUGUCCUGGACCGGGCCCGGGUCCGGGAUCAGCUGCGUCCUCAGCUGAGCCGGCUGGUGACGCUGGUCCUGAAGGAUCUGGAUCAGGCGGAGCAGGUGUUCCACCACCACAGAGACCGGUCCAGAACCUUCGGUAGGUUCUGUCCCAUGGCUGCAGCUCGACUCAUCUGGACUCAGCAGGUCCAGCGGAGAACUGAAGAGGCUCUGGAGAGCUACCGGACCAUCCAGGACCUGUGUUUGGACUCCCCUGAGGCCCAGCUGGUCCAGCAGAGGGUCCAGCAGGUGGAGGACGUCCUGCAGGACUUCAGGGACUCUGUCCGGUCAAACUGGAGUUCUCAGCUGGACUCGGACUCUGGCUUCAUCCUGAAACACCCUCUGGUCCAGAUCAGGGAGUCCGACCUCCUGGAGGUCAGCUGUAGCCUGAAGGUGGAGGCGGUUCUACGGGGACUCAGGUACGCGAGCAGGGACCAGAACAUGGACCUCCAGCCCCACACAGCCGGACUCUUCAGGACCAGAGAGGACGUCAGAAAGAUCCACCUCCACCUGGGCCACAUGGUGUCCUGCUACAACCAGGUGGUGUCAGACGUCCUACCAGUGGAGCUGCCCCUGAUCCAGGACCAGCUGCAGCACCUGAACCAGACUAUGUCCCAGCUCCAGAGGAGGACCUGGGGCUGUGAAGGUCUCCAACUGCUGGUCCAGCAGACUCAGAAGGUCCUGGACGUCCACGCCAUGGUCAGAGAGGCCAGAGCCAACAUGGCCGCCAUGACACAGCUCAUCCAGCAGGGGUGGGCGGAGCUCCAGCUGCUGCAGCUCUCAGCUGAUUGGCUGUUAGAGGGAACUUCAGAGGAGACCUGCAGCCGCAUCAGAGCUGAUGGACAGGAGCUGCUCAGGCUAACACAGGUCAACAGGAGUCUGUACAGAGCUGACGUGUCCUCUGAGAUGUGGACUUCAUAUGUGGACUACAUGGAUGCUGAGGUCCAGGAUGGACUUCAUCAGCUGAUAUUCAGAGAACUGCACUUCCUGUCUGACCACAUGAACCCACAGACGUCCAGCUCCGCCUUGUUGACCAUCAGUCUCCAGCUGAAGGAGACAGGAAGUGUGUUUGAACCGUCUGUGGGCGUCGGCCUGUCAGACUUCCUGAAAACCAUCAUCAGUGAUGUUUACGCUGCAGCCAAUCAGCUGCCCAGGAUCUCCACAAGUCACCACGGCAACUACCAGGUGUCCCUGCAGCUGGACCCAGAGCUGUCUGCGUUGGAGCAUGAAGUGAUGCAUCAUCUGCAGAAGGUGGAGGAGGAGGCGGAGCAUCUGAGGGCGGGGCUGGACAGGUACUCUCACCUGUGGCAGAGUGACAGGACGACAGCGUUCCAAGAGUUCCUGUCCUACAGUAGACAGCUGGGACCUGAGGAGGUGGAGCCUGAGCAGGCCCCGCCCACCCUCAAGGACUUCCAGAGAGAGAUCGAGUCACUCCACAGGCUCAGUGCUGAGGUGACUCACCUGGAUGAUGUCAUCGUUCUGCACGGCUGGCUGCAGGUUGACCUACGACCUUUCAGAGACGCCCUUCUGUCAGUUAUCGACGGCUGGAAACACAUGUACACGGAUCAUCUGUUGAGCUCAGUGAGCCACAGUCUGCAGCAGGUGACCCAGCGUGAUGCUGACGAUGACGAGGCGGCGUCGUCCUCCAGGUUCCCUCUGACUCAAACCAUCCUCCUGCUGGAAGCUGCAGCUGUGGAGCUUCCUGAACACCUGGCGGCUCAGCUCCAGGUAGUGACAUCACUCUGACAUCACUCUGACAUCACUCUGACACAGGACUAAUCAGCUGUUGUCUCUGUCUUCCAGUGUUGACACGUCUUCCUGUUCUCACGGUCUCAGACUUAUGUACUUAAACACUGGAGAUAAUUAAAAAUAAUAAAAAAAUAAAACCAGA